AUGACCCUACAGACAUACCGGCCCUGGAGGCGAUUCACAUUUCUUAUAACCGUCUUCUGGCUUCUGACGAAGGACGAUUCCGCGACCUUUGUGGUCCCUAAUACGAUCUUCGGUUUGUUUGGCGCCCUCGCGGGUCCGACACUCGCCAAUCCUUCAAACGAUGCCCCCGACGUGCUGCUUCGCCUCCCGCUCGUCGUCCUCUUCAACUGGUCUAACCUGCUGGUAUUCGGCCUUGCCAACCAGCGCCUUCCCGAGUCGGCGCUAGGGGAUUCCCUGAACAAGCCCUGGCGGCCCGUUCCCAGCGGCCUGAUUACCGGCGUCCAAGCCCGCCGGACGAUGCUCUUCUCCAUCCCCGCCGUUCUCGUUGGCAACCACUUCUUCCUGGGCGCUGGGGCGGAGACGGCGCUCAUCCAAAUCCUCACUUGGCUAUACAAUGACCUUAAGGGGGGCGAUGAGAACUGGAUCUUGCGGAAUGCCACAAUAGCAGUCGCUUUCGGGUUCUUCAACCUCGGUUCCCUUAGGAUUGCGCACGGAUCCUUCGCGCACUAUACGCUUACAGACACGGGGACCAUAUGGAUAGCCAUGGUUAGUGGCGUCAUAUCGUCGACCAUACAUGUCCAGGAUCUCAAGGACCGAGAGGGAGAUGAAGUCAAGGGCCGCUCGACGGCCCCCAUAGUUUUGGGGGACCGGGUUUCUCGGUGUACCAUUGCCAUCUCAGUAUGGACCUGGUCUCUGAUCUGUACUCAAUUCUGGGCCCUGGGGGUACGGGGGUUGGGUUCUACUAUAUUAGGCCUUAUUGUGGCAACUCAUUGUCUUGUUUCUUCUGGGAAAGCGGCCGAUAGGCUGACAGGGGAAUUAUGGGCACUGUGGAUAGUAACGUUGUACAUCAUGCCCUGCUUACACUAUGCGGCGAAUAUCGUAACAUCACAGGAACACUCAUAG